AUGGGUUCCAAGAGGCGAAGAGCUACCUCGCCUUCCAGCAGCGUCAGUGGAGGAGACUUUGAUGAUGGCCACCACUCCACGAAUAUACCAGGCCCAAGCAGAAAGAGGAGGAGACUUUCCAAUCUCCCAACUGUAGAUCCUAUUGCUGUAUGCCAUGAACUUUACAACACCAUCAGAGAUUACAAAGAUGAACAGGGCAGGCUCCUUUGUGAGCUUUUCAUUAGGGCACCGAAGCGAAGAAAUCAGCCAGAUUAUUAUGAAGUGGUUUCUCAGCCAAUCGAUUUAAUGAAAAUCCAACAAAAGCUAAAGAUGGAGGAAUAUGAUGAUGUGAAUGUGCUGACUGCUGAUUUUCAGCUUCUCUUUAACAAUGCGAAGGCUUACUAUAAGCCUGAUUCUCCUGAAUAUAAAGCUGCCUGCAAAUUAUGGGAGUUAUAUUUGCGCACAAAAAAUGAAUUUGUUCAAAAAGGUGAUGCUGAGGAAGACGACGAAGAUGAGGAAGGACAUGACAAUCAAGGCGCAAAUUCUGAAUUGUCAUCUCCAGGUUACCUGAAGGAAAUUCUUGAACAGCUUCUUGAAGCUGUAGCUGUUGCCACAAACCCAUCAGGACGCCUCAUAAGUGAACUGUUUCAGAAACUUCCUUCUAAAGUGCAAUAUCCAGAUUAUUAUGCAAUAAUAAAGGAGCCCAUAGAUCUUAAAACUAUUGCCCAAAGGAUACAGAAUGGAACUUACAAAAGCAUUCAUGCCAUGGCCAAGGAUAUAGAUCUUCUGGCAAAGAAUGCCAAAACCUACAAUGAGCCUGGAUCACAAGUAUUCAAGGAUGCAAAUGCGAUUAAAAAAAUAUUUAAUAUGAAAAAGGCUGAAAUUGAACACAGUGAGUUGGCCAAGUCAAGUCUCCGAAUCAGUAACAAAAGAUCAGCACAAGGGGAUCGUUUAUCAGCAAUAACCAUGGCAUUGCAGUAUGGAUCAGAAAGUGAAGAGGAUGCAGCUUUGGCUGCUGCUGCUCGUUAUGAAGAAGGAGAAUCCGAAGCAGAGAGCAUUACUUCCUUCAUGGACACUUCUAAUCCUCUUUAUCAGCUUUAUGACACAGUUAGAAGUUGCCGAAAUAAUCAGGGCCAGCUCAUAUCUGAACCCUUUUUCCACUUGCCCUCCAAGAAAAAGUAUCCUGAUUAUUAUCAGCAAAUUAAAGCACCUAUUUCAUUGCAGCAGAUCAGAACCAAACUGAAGAACCAUGAAUAUGAAACUUUAGAUCAGCUGGAGGCUGAUCUGAACUUGAUGUUUGAAAAUGCCAAGCGCUACAACGUUCCCAAUUCUGCCAUCUAUAAGAGAGUACUGAAAAUGCAGCAGGUUAUGCAGGCAAAGAAGAAGGAGCUUGCUAGGAGAGACGACAUUGAGGAUGGGGACAGUAUGAUUUCUUCUGCUACAUCUGAUACUGGAAGCUCAAAAAGGAAAAGUAAAAAGAAUAUACGAAAACAACGAAUGAAGAUCUUAUACAAUGCAGUUCUGGAAGCUCGAGAACCGGGCACAGGCAGACGGCUCUGUGACCUGUUUAUGGUUAAGCCAUCCAAAAAGGACUAUCCAGACUAUUAUAAAAUUAUCCUGGAGCCAAUGGACUUGAAAAUGAUAGAACACAACAUCCGCAAUGAUAAGUACGCAGGGGAAGAAGCCAUGAUUGAAGACAUGAAGCUCAUGUUCCGAAAUGCAAGGCAUUAUAACGAGGAAGGCUCCCAGGUAUACAAUGAUGCUCAUAUGUUGGAAAAGAUCCUUAAAGAAAAAAGGAAAGAACUGGGACCCCUAGCUGAAGAUGAUGAUGUUGCAUCCCCUAAACUAAAGCUAAGUAGAAAAAGUGGCAUUUCUCCUAAAAAAUCGAAAUACAUGACUCCAAUGCAACAGAAAUUGAAUGAGGUGUAUGAAGCAGUUAAGAAUUACACGGAUAAACGAGGCAGGCGACUGAGCGCUAUCUUCUUGAGGCUGCCAUCUCGGUCUGAACUUCCUGACUAUUAUGUAACCAUUAAAAAGCCCGUUGACAUGGAAAAGAUCAGAAGUCAUAUGAUGGCAAAUAAAUACCAGGAUAUUGAUUCCAUGGUAGAGGACUUUGUAAUGAUGUUCAAUAAUGCUUGCACGUAUAAUGAGCCAGAAUCUUUGAUUUAUAAAGAUGCUCUGGUCCUGCAUAAAGUUUUGCUUGAAACUCGGAGAGAAAUAGAAGGAGAUGAGGAUUCUCAUGUGCCCAAUGUCACUUUGCUAAUUCAGGAACUUAUCCAUAACCUUUUUGUAUCUGUUAUGAGCCAUCAGGAUGAUGAGGGCAGAUGCUACAGCGACUCCUUAGCUGAGAUUGCUGCUGUUGAUCCCAACUUCCCAAAUAAACCUCCUCUGACUUUUGAUAUUAUCCGAAAAAAUGUUGAAAAUAAUCGCUAUAGAAGGUUGGACUUGUUCCAGGAGAAUAUGUUUGAGGUACUGGAGAGGGCAAGGAGAAUGAACAGGACUGAUUCAGAGAUUUAUGAGGAUGCGGUCGAACUUCAGCAGUUCUUCAUUAAAAUUCGAGAUGAACUUUGUAAGAACGGAGAGAUUCUUCUGUCACCCGCUCUCAGCUAUACCACCAAGCAUCUUCACAACGAUGUAGAAAAGGAGAAGAAGGAAAAGCUGCCAAAAGAAAUAGAGGAGGAUAAGCUCAAAAGAGAGGAGGAGAAGAGAGAAGCUGAAAAGAGUGAAGAUUCUUCUGGAUCAGCUGGGCUGUCAAGCUUGCAUCGGACCUACAGCCAGGAUUGCAGCUUCAAGAACAGCAUGUACCAUGUAGGAGAUUAUGUGUAUGUGGAGCCUGCUGAAGCCAACUUGCAACCUCACAUAGUCUGUAUUGAGAGGCUCUGGGAAGAUUCAGCUGGAGAGAAAUGGCUCUACGGCUGUUGGUUUUAUCGACCAAAUGAAACGUUUCAUCUUGCAACACGAAAAUUCUUGGAGAAAGAAGUUUUUAAAAGUGACUAUUACAAUAAAGUUCCUGUUAGCAAAAUUUUAGGCAAAUGCGUGGUCAUGUUUGUUAAGGAAUAUUUUAAAUUGUGUCCUGAAAACUUCAGAGAUGAGGAUGUCUACGUCUGUGAGUCACGUUAUUCUGCAAAGACAAAAUCUUUUAAAAAGAUUAAACUGUGGACUAUGCCUGUAAGCUCCGUAAGAUUUGUCCCACGAGAUGUACCCCUGCCUGUGGUCCGUGUUGCUUCUGUAUUUGCUAAUACAGACAAAGUAGAUGAGGAUAAACAUGCUGAAACAUUGGAGGACAGUAAGGUGGGAGAAAGUAUCCUUCAUCUUGAAAAGGACAAAGAAGAUGUUCCGGUAGAAAUGUCCAAUGGAGAACCUGGUUGCCAUUACUUUGAACAGCUCUGCUACAAUGAUAUGUGGCUUAAGGUUGGGGACUGUGUCUUCAUAAAAUCACAUGGGUUAGUGCGACCUCGGGUAGGAAGAAUUGAAAAGAUGUGGGUGCGAGAUGGAGCUGCAUAUUUCUUUGGUCCAAUCUUUAUACAUCCUGAAGAAACUGAACAUGAACCAACUAAAAUGUUCUACAAGAAGGAAGUGUUUUUGAGCAACUUGGAGGAGACCUGUCCAAUGACUUGUAUUUUGGGAAAGUGUGCAGUUCUGUCAUUCAAAGACUUCCUCUCCUGCAGACCAACAGAAAUCUCUGAAAAUGAUGUUUUUCUUUGUGAGAGCCGCUACAAUGAAAGUGACAAACAAAUGAAGAAAUUUAAAGGGCUGAAGAGGUUUUCACUCUCUGCAAAAGUUGUAGAUGAUGAAAUAUACUAUUUUAGAAAACCCAUAGUUCCUCAGAAGGAACCAUCUCCACUACUGGAAAAGAAGAUUCAGCAGCUAGAAGCAAAAUUUGCUGAGUUGGAAGGAGGUGAUGAGGACAUAGAAGAAAUGGGAGAAGAGGAAGGUGAUAUGACUGAAACACCUUCUAUGCCUCAGCUUCAGACCCCACUAGCUAGUGAAUUGGAUAUAAUGCCUUAUACUCCACCACAGUCCACUCCCAAGUCUGUUAAGGGCAGCACCAAGAAGGAGGGAUCAAAAAGGAAGAUCAACAUGAGUGGGUACAUCUUAUUUAGCAGUGAGAUGAGAGCUGUGAUUAAAGCUCAGCACCCAGACUACUCCUUUGGAGAGCUCAGCAGGCUUGUAGGAACUGAAUGGAGAAACUUGGAAGCAACAAAGAAAGCAGAAUAUGAAG